CAUCAAAUCUCACUUACACAACACAGCAGUUCUCUCUCCGUCCCGAAUUUUGCUCUCGAGUGUGGAGAAAAUAUAUUUCGAAAAUACAAGUCAAAAAAUUUUGAAAUGGAUUCCUCAUCGAAUACGACAAUAGUGAGCACCGGAAAUGUGACAGUGGACAAGGUGGUGGUUCAUCCACUCGUUCUCCUGUCCGUUGUGGACCAUUUUAACCGAAUGGGGCGCAUCGGAAGUCACAAACGGGUUGUAGGUAUUCUUCUCGGCUCUUGGUCUUCGAAGGGAGUGCUGGAUGUUUCAAAUUCUUUUGCAGUUCCAUUUGAUGAGGAUGACAAAGAUAAGAGUGUCUGGUUUUUGGAUCACGAUUACUUGGAAAGUAUGGCGAAUAUGUUCAAGAAAGUCAACGCCAGAGAAAAGGUCGUGGGAUGGUAUCACACUGGACCCAAGUUACAUCAAAAUGAUGCCCUCAUUAACGACCUUGUCCGGCGCUAUUGUCCAUCUUCAGUUCUGGUUAUAAUUGAUGCAAAGCCAAAGGACUUGGGCCUUCCCACCGAGGCUUACCGUGCGGUUGAGGAGGUCCACGAAGAUGGGACCCCCACAACGAAAACAUUUGAACACAUCGCAAGUGAAAUAGGAGCAGAGGAGGCCGAGGAGGUUGGAGUAGAACAUUUGCUUCGUGAUAUCAAAGACACCACGAUUGGGUCACUUUCCCAACGAGUCACCAACAUUCUUCAAGGAUUGAGAGGGCUUUCAUCGCAGCUCACAGAUAUUCGCAACUAUCUGGACCAGGUGGAAAAAGGUUCUCUUCCCGUAAACCAUCAGAUCACAUACUUGUUACAAGAUGUUUUCAAUCUCCUCCCGGAUAUUUCACACCGAGACUUCGUCAAAUCAAUGUACGUGAAAACAAAUGAUCAGAUGCUGGUCGUGUAUGUCACUGCUCUUACCCGGUCCAUAAUCGCGCUCAACAACCUUAUCAAUAACAAAUUAUCCAAUCGUGAGACGGAGAAGAAGGAAAUGGCUAAAAAGGAUGAUAAGAAGGAGGUCAAAGAUGAAUCAGCAGUUAAAGUUGAGGCAGAGAAGGCAAAGUAGCUAUAGUCUAGAUUAGAAAGAAUCGUUAAGUUUACAACAAAUCAUCUUUUUUUUACUUGCUCUAUAAAUUAUUAACAAUCCAACCUAAAAUAUAUUGCAACACAUGUACAUGAAAAGAGAUUUGAGGCGGAAUAAUAAUUUCUGGUAAGUGGCCCGUUGGAUCUUGAGGAUGAAUGUUUACCAAAAUUUUCCAGUUUUAACAACUUAAUAAAAACAUUUUUGAGAGUAAA